AGUCGCUAUGAAGACUUCUUGGUGGAGCUAUCCUGUGCAGCGCGAAUAAACCGUAAAUAUUUGGUUAUCAAUUUAACGGAAAAGGAGAAUUGUGCUGACAAUGCAGCAUUCGAUCCGCGACCAUGCGCCUCAAAUGGACUCAACAUUUACAACACGAAUGUGGUGUUCGAUCGCGAGGGGCGUGUCAUAUCACGCUAUCGCAAGGUGAAUAUCUAUGUGGAGCAAAAAAAUACCACUUAUCAGCCAGAGUAUGCUAUAUUCGAUACGGAUUUCGGUGUGCGAUUUGCGCAAUUCAUCUGUUUCGAUUUACUCUUCUACACGCCAGCCGAGGAGCUGGUGGUUAAGUAUGGCAUUAAGAAUGUCAUAUUCACCGCGAGUUUCAUCUCCGAGACGCCUUUUCUAACCGCCGUGCAGCUGCAACAAUCCUGGGCUUGGGGCAACAAUGUAACGGUACUUGCUGCUGGCUCUAGUUAUCCGCUCUCUGGUCCUACAGGCUCUGGCAUUUAUGCGGGUAGCAGUGGCAGCUUGACAGCAACAAUGGUCGGCAAUGUGGGUGUGCGUCAACUGCUGGUAGCAAGAGUGCCCAAAAACGAGCAAACAGGUAGUCGCCUUGAAGCUGUGAAUACGAGGCAAUUCGCUGCUGCAUCAACAGCGCCCCUAACCGGCCUAAGAUUGCUGCGUGAUCCACAACUGGACAAUUUCCAUUCACAGCUGCUUAACUUAACCGCCUCGUCUGUGAUCGCAUUGCAGCAGUGCGCCGAAGAUCUCUGCUGUACGCUGACAGCAGAGACUACAGCGAGUCAAAGCUCUUAUGGCAAUGGUAGCGCGGCUGGUGCUUAUCAAUACCGCUUUGGCGUCUUCACUGGUCAACGCUCUUAUGAGAAGGAGCAAUACAGCGCUGUAGCCAUUUGUGGAAUGUAUGCCUGUACCGAUGACACCGUUGCCAGUUGUGGUCUUUUAUUCUCUGCAAAUACAACGAUACAGCCAGCGUUCGCUUUCAAGCGCCUAAAUAUUGCGGGUAGCUUUAAGAAGGCCGAACGCUUGCUGUUAAUGCCGAGCACUUUGAACUUGAACUUUUACUCGCUACAACCAGCGCAGGUAGCGUGGGAGGUUACUGAUAAAAGCAAAUCCUACGAGACUUCAAUUGAUUUAAAAGCUUCCGCAGACAAUCUCUUAACUUUUGGCAUCUAUGCAAACUACUAUGACAGCUCGGUGGCAUCGGGAUUGACUGGCUCCAUGUUGGUCCUGUUAUCAUGCUUACUGCUUUGGACUGGCACCUUUGCAAUUGAUUUUUUGCAUACAAGAUUCACUGACUGCUGA